CAUCGUUUCCAGUCACUUCUUGGUGCGACAUGCUUGUUGUGGAUGCUGAAUAUCUUUCAUACAAAGCUAUAAACCAGCAAAAACAAAACAACUAAUCUGUUACAGUAACAGCAGCUGAGCCGGACACAGUCGCGAUGGGUUUACUGACGAUUCUGAAGAAGAUGAAGCAGAAGGAGCGGGAGAUGAGACUGCUAAUGUUAGGUCUGGAUAACGCGGGGAAGACGACCAUCCUGAAGAAGUUUAACGGAGAGGAUGUCAGCACCAUCUCUCCCACACUGGGCUUCAAUAUUAAAACACUGGAGCACAAAGGGUUCAAACUCAAUAUUUGGGACGUGGGGGGUCAGAAGUCACUGCGCUCCUACUGGAGGAACUACUUUGAGAGCACAGACGGGCUGGUGUGGGUGGUGGACAGCGCAGACAGACUCAGACUGGAGGACUGCAGACAGGAGCUCAGUGCACUACUGCUGGAGGAGAGGUUAGCUGGUGCCACGUUGCUGGUGUUUGCCAACAAGCAGGACUUACCAGGAGCCCUGUCAAAAGAGGCGAUACGAGAGGCACUGGCUCUGGAUGAGAUUAAAAGUCAUCACUGGUGUAUCAUUGGUUGCAGUGCAGUAACAGGAGAGAACUUGUUAGCCGGAGUGGACUGGUUACUGGACGAUAUCGCUGCAAGGAUCUUCACUGCUGACUGAGCACACAUUGGAUUCUUAAAAAAAGGCAAAACAGCAGCAUCUCUUUAUUUGAUGAGCUGUCAUGACUUUUUGAUCAGAGGUAUCUAGAGCUCAACAGCAGUCUGCAUUUUGUUUUGCUCACCUGCUGCAUGCAGUACUGCACAUACAGCCCUGUCUGUGAUCACUGGAAUCACAUGACUACACAGCCUUUAUUUUAUGUUUCCGGCGUGUAUGUGUGAAAGAUACAUUGGAACAAACCUGAAUCAACCUUGUUUACUCAAUGUAUGCAAUUUUGUGACUGAUACUUUCUCACAAGCCC